GCGGCCUGGCUCUCCUGCGGGCGCCUUUCGCGGCAGUCCCGCCGGGCAGAGGCAUGGCGCGGAGCUGGUGGCGGGUGGCGCUGGCCGCGCUGAGCCUGGCCGCCUGCGCCUUCCCGCCGGCCCGGGGCGCGGAGGCCCGGUGCGAAGUGUGUCAAGAAUUUUUGGGCAGAUUUUACAGUUCUUUAAAAGAAAAACAUUCUGAUUUCUCUGUGGCUUCUAUAGAAAAUGAACUAGUCAAAAGUUGUGCGGACACGAAAGGAAAAGAAAAUCGCUUGUGCUAUUAUAUUGGAGCUACGAGUGAUGCUGCUACCAAGAUCAUCAGUGAAGUCAGCCGCCCAAUGAGUGCUCAUAUACCUGUGCCUAAAAUCUGUGAGAAGCUGAAGAAAAUAGACCUUCAGAUCUGUGAGCUCAAAUUUGAAAGAAACCUUGACUUAACAUCGGUCAACCUGUCGAAGAUGAGAGUGGCAGAGCUGAAGAAGAUCCUGGAUAGCUGGGGAGAAGUGUGCCAAGCCUGCUUUGAAAAAACAGACAUCGUGAACCGGAUUAGGGAACUGGCCCCCAAACACACAGCCCCGACUUCUAGAACUGAACUCUGAUGACAUUUGAAUCGAGCAAAGCACAUGCUUGCUUACUGCAUUUUAUGUGCUUAUUUAUUCCAGCGCUGUAUUGGUGUCCAGAAUGCAGUGGAAAGACUCCUGCGUGGGUGUCAUCUGGAUGGUCCAUGAAAACAGAUCAUGGCAGAUGCAGAUUAAAGGGCUAGUGUGGAGCUAGCUUUAGAGGAAA